CACGGGGCUCCCGCGGCGCGCAGUCCCAGAGCGCGGGGAGCGCGGCCGGGCCUGCGGGAUGGCGAGGUGGCGCCCCGCGUCGCCGCUGUGGCUGCUGGCCGGGCUGGCGCUCCUGGGCGCGUGCCGGGCGGCGGCAGACGGCGGCUUCAGUCUGCACCCGCCCUACUUCAAUCUGGCCGAGGGAGCCCGCAUCGCCGCCUCGGCCACCUGCGGCGAGGAGGCCCCGGCCCGCGGCGCCCCGCGCCCCACCGAGGACCUUUACUGCAAGCUAGUGGGGGGCCCCGCGGCCGGCGGGGACCCCGUCCAGACCAUCCAGGGCCAAUACUGCGACAUUUGCACAGCUGCCAACAGCAACAAGGCGCACCCCGCGAGCAACGCCGUCGACGGCACGGAGCGCUGGUGGCAGAGCCCUCCGCUGUCCCGCGGCCUGGAGUACAACGAAGUCAACGUCACUUUGGACCUGGGCCAGGUCUUCCACGUGGCCUACGUGCUCAUCAAGUUUGCCAACUCCCCGCGGCCGGACCUCUGGGUGCUGGAGCGGUCCACCGACUUCGGCAACACCUACCAGCCAUGGCAGUUCUUCGCCUCCUCCAGGAGAGACUGCCUGGAGCGGUUCGGUGCGCGGACACUGGAGCGCAUCUCGCGGGACGACGACGUCAUCUGCAGCACGGAGUACUCCCGGAUCGUGCCCCUGGAGAACGGCGAGAUCGUGGUGUCCCUGGUGAACGGGCGCCCCGGGGCCAUGAACUUCUCCUACUCGCCCUUGCUGCGGGACUUCACCAAAGCCACCAACAUCCGCCUGCGCUUCCUGCGCACUAACACGCUGCUGGGCCACCUCAUGGGCAAAGCGCUGCGGGACCCCACCGUCACGCGCCGGUACUAUUACAGUAUCAAGGACAUCAGCAUCGGCGGCCGCUGCGUCUGCCAUGGGCAUGCGGAUGUUUGCGAUGCCAAAGACCCCACAGAUCCCUUCAGGCUGCAGUGCUCCUGUCAGCACAACACCUGCGGGGGCGCCUGCGAGCGCUGCUGCCGCGGCUUCAACCAGCGGCCGUGGAGGCCGGCGACGCCCGACAGUGCCAACGAGUGCCAGGCCUGCAACUGCCAUGGCCACGCGGACGACUGCUACUACGACCCAGCGGUGGACCAGCACGGCGCCGGCCAGGACCAGGACAGCGUCCACCAGGGCGGGGGCGUGUGCGUCGACUGCCAGCAUCACACCACCGGCAUCAACUGCGAGCUCUGCUUGCCUGGCUUCUACCGCUCCCCAGACCACCCCCUGGACUCGCCCCACACCUGCCUUCGCUGCAACUGCGAGUCGGACUUCACAGACGGGACGUGCGAAGACCUGACCGGCCGCUGCUACUGCCGGCGCAACUUCACGGGGGAGCGGUGUGAGGAGUGUGCUGCGGGCUUCGCGGGCUUCCCGCGGUGUGACCCCGUGCCCUCCACCCACAACGGCAGCGGGGCGCAGACACUGCCGGCCGGACAGAUCGUGAACUGUGAGUGCAACGCCGCCGGGACCCAGGGCAAUGCCUGCCAGCGGGACACGCGGGUGGGACGCUGCCUGUGCAAACCCGGCUUCCAGGGCAGCCACUGCGAGCUCUGCGCCCCGGGGUUCUACGGCCCGGACUGCCAGCCGUGCCAGUGUUCCAGCCCCGGAGUGCUGCACGGCGACUGUGACCAGGACUCGGGCCGGUGCACGUGCCGGGCGGGCUUCGAGGGGGCCGCGUGUGACCGCUGCGCCCCCGGCUACUUCCACUUCCCCCUCUGCCAGCUGUGCGGCUGCAGCCCCGCGGGGACCCUGCCGACGGGCUGCGACGAGGCUGGCCGCUGCCCCUGCCGGCCCGAGUUCGACGGCCCCCACUGCGACCGCUGCCGCCUGGGCUACCACGGCUACCCGGACUGCCGCGCCUGCAACUGCGACCCCCACGGGGCCCUGGACCAGCUGUGUGGCGCCGGCGGGUCCUGCCGCUGCCGCCCUGGCUAUGCCGGCGCCACCUGCCAGGAGUGCAGCCCCGGUUUCCACGGCUUCCCGGCCUGCGUCCCCUGCCACUGCUCUGCGGAGGGCUCCCUGCACGCAGCCUGCGACCCCCGCAGCGGACAGUGCGGCUGCCGGCCCCGCGUGACAGGGCUGCGGUGUGACACGUGUGUGCCCGGCACCUACAACUUCCCCGCCUGCGAAGCGGGCUCCUGCCACCCUGCAGGCCUGGCCCCCGCCGACAGCCUCCUCCCCCAGACACAGGCCCCCUGCACGUGCCGGGCUCACGUGGAAGGGCCAAGCUGCGAUCGCUGCAAACCCGGGUUCUGGGGGCUGAGCCCCAGCAACCCCGAGGGCUGCACCCGCUGCAGCUGCGACCCCAGAGGCACACUGGGCGGAGCGGCCCAGUGCCAGCUGGGCAACGGUCAGUGCUUCUGCAAGCCCCACGUGUGCGGCCAGACCUGCGCGGCGUGCAGGGACGGCUUCUUUGGGCUGGACCGGGCCGACUACUUUGGCUGCCGCAGCUGCCGGUGUGAUGUUGGCGGUGCGCUCGGCCAGGGCUGUGAACCGAGAACGGGCGCCUGCCGGUGCCGCCCCAACACCCAGGGCCCCACCUGCAGCGAGCCGGCGCGGAACCACUACCUGCCUGACCUGCACCGCCUGCGCCUGGAGCUGGAGGAGGCGGCCACGCCCGAGGGCCACACGGUGCGCUUUGGCUUCAACCCCCUCGAGUUCGAGAACUUCAGCUGGCGGGGCUACGCGCAGAUGGCGCCCAUCCAGCCCAGGAUUGUGGCCAGGCUGACCGUGACCUCCCCUGACCUCUUCUGGCUCGUCUUCCGCUACGUCAAUCGCGGGCCCACUAGCGUGAGCGGGCGGGUCUCCGUGCAGGAGGAGGGCAAGUUCGCCGCCUGUGCCAACUGCACGGAGCAGAGCCAGCCUGUGGUGUUCCCGCCCAGCACGGAGCCCGCCUUCGUCACCGUGCCUCAGCGGGGCCUGGGGGGGCCCUUCGUGCUGAACCCUGGAGCCUGGGCCCUGCUCGUGGAGGCCGAGGGGGUGCUUCUGGACUACGUGGUUCUGCUGCCCAGCGCCUACUACGAGGCGGCCCUGCUGCAGCUGCGGGUGACCGAGGCCUGCAGGUUCCGGCCCGCUGCCCAGCACUCCGGGGAGAACUGCCUCCUCUACACCCACCUGCCCCUGGACGGCUUCCCCUCAGCCCCUGGGCCUGGGGCCCUGUGCCUCCGUGACAACAGCCUGCCGCGGCCCUGCCCCACGGAGCAGCUCAGCCCCUCGCACCCGCCGCUGGUCCUCUGCCAGGGCAGCGACGUGGACGUCCAGCUGCAGGUGGUGGUGCCGCGGCCAGGCCGCUACGCCCUGGUGGUGGAGUAUGCCAACGAGGCAGCCCGCCAGGAGCUGGGGGUGGCCGUGCACAGCCCCCGGCAGCCCCCGCAGCAGGGCACGCUCACCCUGCACCCCUGCCUGUACAGCACGCUGUGCCGCGGCGCCGCCCUGGACAACCAGCACCUCCCGGCAGCCUUCCACCUGGACACAGAGGCCAGUGUCCGACUCACAGCCGAGCAGGCACACUUCUUCCUGCACAGCAUCACCCUGGUGCCCAUGGAGACGUUCAGCCUGGAGUUUGUGGAGCCGCAGGUCCGCUGCAUCAGCACCCACGGGGCCUUCAGCCCCAGCAGUGCCGCCUGCCUGCCCUCCCGCUUCCCGAAGCCGCCCCAGCCCGUCAUCCUCCGGGACUGCCAGGUGCUGCCGCUGCCGCCGGGCCUCCCGCUGCUGCGCUCGCAGGAGCUCACGCCGGGAGCACCCCCGCCCGGGCCCCAGCCCCGGCCCCCCACCGCCGGCGACCCCGAGGCGGAGCCCACCUUGCUGCGACACCCCCAGGGCACGGUGGUCUUCGCCACCCACGUGCCCACCUUGGGCCGCUACGCCUUCCUGCUGCACGGCUACCAGCCAGCGCACCCCACCUUCGCGGUCGAGGUCCUCAUCAACGGGGGCCGCGUCUGGCAGGGCCACGCGAACGCCACCUUCUGCCCGCACGCCUACGGCUGCCGCAUCCUGGUGGUGUGCGAGGGCCAGGCCGUCCUGGACGUGACCGACAGCGAGCUCACGGUGACCGUGCGCGUGCCCGAGGGCCGGUGGCUCUGGCUGGAGUACGUGCUGGUGGUCCCCGAGAACGCCUACAGCCCCAGCUACCUGCGGGAGGAGCCCCUGGACAAGUCCUAUGACUUCAUCAGCCAGUGUGCCAGCCAAGGCUACCACAUCAGCCCCACCAGUUCAUCCCAGUUCUGCCGAGACGCAGCCACCUCUCUGUCCCUCUUCUAUAACAACGGGGCUCUGCCUUGCGGGUGCCACGAAGUCGGCGCCACGAGCCCUACGUGUGAGCGCUUCGGGGGCCAGUGUCCCUGCCGUGCCUACGUCAUUGGCCGAGACUGCUCCCGCUGCGCCACCGGCUACUGGGGCUUCCCCAACUGUAGGCCCUGCGACUGCAGCGGCCGCCUGUGCGAGGAGCUGACCGGCCGCUGCAUCUGCCCGCCGCGCACCGUCCCCCCCGACUGCACCGUCUGCCAGCCCCAGACCUUCGGCUGCCACCCCCUGGUCGGCUGCGAGGAGUGUAACUGCUCGGGGCCCGGGGUGCAGGAGCUCACAGACCCCGUCUGCGACAAGGACAGCGGCCAGUGCCGGUGCCGACCCCACGUGGCAGGACGGCGCUGCGACACCUGCGCUCCAGGCUUCUACGGCUUCCCCCGCUGCCGCCCCUGUGACUGCCACCGCGCCGGCUCUGCGCCCAGCGUGUGCGACCCCCUCACGGGCCAGUGCCGCUGCAAGGAGAACGUUCAGGGCCCCAGGUGCGACCAGUGCCGCGUCGGGACCUUCUCCCUGGACGCGGCCAACCCGAAGGGCUGCACGCGCUGCUUUUGCUUCGGGGCCACGGAGCGCUGCCGGAGCUCCAUCCACUCCCGCCAGGAGUUCGUGGACAUGGACGGCUGGACGCUGGUGAGCAGUGACCGGCAGGUCGUGCCCCACGAGCUGCGGGAGGAGGGCAGCCUGCUCCACGCGGACCUGCGGCGCGUGCCCGAGGGCCUCUCCGAGCUGUACUGGCAGGCGCCGCCCUCCUACCUGGGGGACCGGGUGUCAUCCUACGGGGGGAUCCUCCGCUACGAACUGCACUCGGAGAUCCCGCGGGGAGACGUGUUCCUCCCCACGGGGAGCAGGCCGGAUGUGGUGCUGCAGGGCAACCAGAUGAGCAUCAUGUUCCUGGAGCCGGUGUACCCGGGGCCCGGCCAGGGGCACCGUGGACAGCUGCAGCUGGUGGAGGGUAACUUCCGGCAUGCGGAGACCCACAGCGGCGUGUCCCGCGAGGAGCUCAUGAUGGUGCUGGCCGGCCUGCAGCAGCUGCAGAUCCGCGCCCUCUUCUCCAAGGUCUCCUCGGCCGUCUCCCUGCGCAGGGUGGCGCUGGAGGUGGCCAGCGAGAGGGGUCGGGGGCCUCCGGCCAGCAACGUGGAGCUGUGCAUGUGCCCGGCCAACUACCUCGGGGACUCCUGCCAGGAAUGCGCCCCCGGCUCCUACCGGGACGCCAAAGGGCUCUUUCUGGGCCGCUGCGUCCCCUGUCAGUGCUACGGCCACUCAGACCUCUGCGUCCCCGGCGUGGGCACCUGCCUGGGCUGCCAGCACAACACCGAGGGCGACCACUGCGAGCGCUGCCAGGCCGGCUUCGUGCGCAAUGGGUCCGCGGACCCCGCGGCCCCCUGCGUCAGCUGCCCCUGCCCCGUGUCGGCGCCUUCCAACAACUUCGCAGUGGGCUGCGUCUUCACCGGGGGCCGCGCGCAGUGUCUGUGCAAACCCGGCUACGCGGGAGCCUCCUGCGAGCGGUGCGCCCCCGGCUUCUUCGGGAACCCGCUGGUGCUGGGCAGCUCCUGUCAGCCCUGCAACUGCAGCGGCAACGGGGACCCCAACCUGCUCUUCAAUGACUGCGACCCCCUGACGGGCGCCUGCCGCACCUGCCUGCACCACACCGCCGGGCCGCACUGCGAGACCUGCGCGCCCGGCUUCUACGGCAACGCCCUGCUGCCCGGCAACUGCACCCGGUGCGACUGCUCCCCCUGUGGGACGGAGGCCUGUGACCCCCACAGCGGGCGGUGUUUGUGCAAGGCCGGCGUGACGGGGCCUCGCUGUGACCGCUGUCAGGAAGGACACUUCGGCUUCGAGGGCUGCAGGGGUUGCCGCCCGUGCGCCUGUGGACCAGCCGCUGAGGGCUCUGCGUGCCACCCCCAGAGUGGACAAUGCCACUGCCGGCCAGGGGCUGGGGGGCUCCAGUGCCGAGAGUGUGCCGCCGGCCACUGGGGGCGCCCCGAACAGGGCUGCAGGCGCUGCCAGUGCCAGGGGGGCCACUGCGACGUGUACACAGGCCGCUGCACGUGCCCGCCGGGGCUCAGCGGGGACCGCUGCGACGCCUGCAGCCAGCAGCACCAGGUGCUGGUGCCGGGCGGGCCUGGGAGCCCGGGCGUGCACUGCGAAGUGUGUGACCACUGCGUGGUCCUGCUUUUGGACGACCUGGAGCGGCUCGGCGGCCUCCUGCCCGCCAUCCACGAACAGCUGCGCAGCAUCAACACCAGCUCCGCAGCCUGGGCCCGGCUGCACAGGCUGAACGCCUCCAUCGCGGACCUGAAGAGCCAGCUCCGGAGCCCCACCAGCCCCCGCCACGAGGCCGCGCAGCAGCUGGACACACUGGAGAGGCGGGGCGAGAGCCUCAGGCAGGACGCGCAGCGGCUGGACGGACAGGCCGCAGGGGCCCGCGCGCAGGCCGGCCAGCUGCUGGACAGCACGGAGGCCACGCUGGGCCGGGCACGGACGCUGCUGGCCACCAUCCAGGCUCUGAACCGGACCCUGAGCGAACUUGUGACAGACCACCUGUCGCCAGCCAAUGCCACGGCCCCAUCAGGCGAGCAGCUGCGCCGGACACUGGCCAAGGUGGAGCAGCUCCUCCGGGAGAUGCGGGCCCGCAACCUGGGGGCCCCACGGGCAGCAGCCGAGGCCGAGCUGGGCGAGGCCCAGAGACUGCUGACCCGCGUGCAGGAGCAGCUGACCAGCCGCUGGGAGGGGAACCGGGCUCUGGUGGCCCACACCCGAGAGCAGCUGGCCCAGUACGAGGCCGGCCUCAUGGACCUGCGCGAGGCCCUGAACCGGGCGGUGGGCACCACGCGUGAGGCCGAAGAGCUCAACAGCCGCAACCAGGAGCGCCUGCAGGAGGCCCUGCUUCGGAAGCAGGAGCUGUCCCGCGACAAUGCCACCCUGAGGGACAGCAUGCAGGCCGCCAGGGAGACCCUGGCCCUGGUCUCUGAGCUUCUGCAGGGCAUGGACCGGGCCAAGGAGGAGCAGGAGCGCCUGGCCGCCAGCCUGGACGGGGCUCGGGCGCCGCUGCUGGAGAAGAUCCGCACCUUCGCCUCCAUCGACAGCAAGGUGGACCUGGUAGAGGCCGCCGAGGCCCACGCGCAGCGGCUGGACCAGCUGGCGCACAACCUCUCCAGCAUCAUCCGCGGGGUUAACCAGGACCGCUUCAUCCAGCGCGCCAUCGAGGCCGCCAACGCCCACAGCAGCAUCCUGAGAGCCGUGCAGGCUGCCGAGGGCGCCGCGGGCCAGGCGCUGGAGCAGGCCAGCCGCACCUGGGCGAAGGUGGUACAGCAGGGCCUGGCUUCCCGCGCCCGGGAGCUGCGGGCCAACAGCAGUGCCCUGGGGGAGGCCGUUCUCGGGGAGCAGCGGAGGCUGGGCCGCGUGUGGGCCACCCUCCAGGGCACCGGGACCCAGCUCAGCGAUGCCCGGGCCAGGAAGGAGCAGCUGGCAGCCCGGGUCCGGGAGGUGCAGGCCAUGCUGGCCAUGGACACAGACGAGACCAGCAAGAAGAUCGCCCAUGCCAAGGCUGUGGCCGCUGAAGCUCAGGACACGGCCGCCCGCGUGCAGUCGCGACUUCGGGACAUGCAGAGGAACCUGGAGCAGUGGCAGGGCCAAUACGGGGACCUGCAGAGCCAGGACCUGGGCCAGGCGGUGCUCGAUGCCGGCCGCUCAGUGUCCACGCUGGAGAAGACGCUGCCGCAGCUGCUGGCCAAGCUGAGCCUCCUGGAGAACCGUGGGGUGCACAACGCCAGCCUGGCCCUGUCCGCCAGCAUCGGCCGCGUGCGGGAGCUCAUCGCCCAGGCCCGGGGCGCUGCCAGCAAGGUCAAGGUGUCCAUGAAGUUCAAUGGGAACUCGGGGGUGCAGGUGCGCGCCCCCCGGGACCUCGCCGACCUCGCUGCCUACACCGCGCUCAAGUUCUAUCUCCAGAGCCCGGAGCCGGAGCCAAGCCAGGCCUACAAGAACCAGUUCGUGCUGUACAUGGGCAGCCGCCAGGCCACGGGCGACUACCUGGGUGUGGCUCUGCGUGACCAGAAGGUGCACUGGGUGUACCGCCUGGGAGGCGCAGGCCCCGCCAACCUCAGCGUCGACGAGAGCAUCGGGGAGCAGUUCGCAGCCAUCAGCAUUGACAGGACCCUCCAGUUUGGCCACAUGUCUGUCACAGUGGAGAACCGGAUGGUCCACGAGACCAAGGGCGACACAGUGGCCCCUGGGGCCGAGGGGCUGCUCAACCUGAGGCCCGACGACUUCGUCUUCUACGUGGGCGGCUACCCCAGCAGCUUCACGCCCCCAGAGCCGCUGCGCUUCCCCGGCUACAACGGCUGCAUUGAGAUGGGCACACUCAACGAGGAGGUGGUCAGCCUCUACAACUUCGAGAGGACCUUCCAGCUCGACACGGCCGUGGAUAAGCCCUGUCCGCGCGCCAAGUCGACUGGCGACCCGUGGCUCACGGAUGGCUCCUACCUGGAGGGCACCGGCUUUGCCCGCAUCAGGAUGGAUAGUCCGGCCAGCAACACCAAGCGCUUCGAGCAGGAGCUGAGGCUGGUGUCUUCCAAAGGGAUCAUUUUCUUCCUGCAGCACCAGGACCAGUUCCUGUGCCUGGCGGUGAUGGACAGUCGCCUCCAGCUCCUCUAUGACUUCGGCGAGGGCCUGAAGGAGGCUGUCCCGCUGCAUCCCCUGCCGCUCCUGACCUCGGCCAGCAAGGCGAUCCAAGUGUUACUGCUGGGAGGCGGCCGCAAGCGCGUGCUCGUGCGCCUGGAGAGGGUCACCGUGUUCAACCUGGACCAGGAGAACGCGCUGGAGCUGGCCGACACCUACUACUUGGGGGGCGCGCCACCGGAGCAGCUGCCCCCGAGCCUGCGGCGGCUCUUCCCCUCCGGGGGCUCGGUGCGUGGCUGCGUCAAGGGCAUCAAAGCGCUAGGCAAGUACGUGGAUCUCAAGCGGGUGAACACCACAGGCAUCAGCGCCAGCUGCACCCGGGACCUGCUGGUGGAGCGGGCCAUGACAUUCCACGGCCACGGCUUCCUGCCCCUGAGGCUCCCCGACGUCCCGCCCCUCACCGACUCCGUCUACUCUGGCUUCGGCUUCCGCAGCGCCCAGGAGAGCGGCCUGCUCUACCACAGGCUGUCCCCGGAUGGGCCGUGCUACGUGUCCCUGCAGCAGGGCCACGUGACCCUCCAGUUUUUGAGGACGGAGGUGAGGACACCAGGGGGCUUUGCUGACGGAGCCCCCCAUUAUGUCACCUUCUACAGCAACGCCACAGGGGUCUGGCUCUACGUGGACGACCAGCUUCAACAGAUGGUGCCCCACCGGGGGCCGCCCCCCCGGCCCCCGGCCCGGCCCGAGGAGCCCCGCCAGCUCCUCCUGGGAGGCCUGCCGGAGGUGGACACCUUCCGUAACUUCAGCGGCUGCAUCAGCAACGUGUUCGUGCAGCGGCUCGAGGGGCCCCAGCGAGUGUUCGACCUGCAGGAGAACCUGGGGGCCGUCAACGUGAGCUCGGGCUGCGCCCCGGCCUCCAGCACCCAGACAGGACUUGCAUCUCAGGGGCUGCUGGCCCUGGCGGCUCGGAAGGCCUCCCGGCGCAGCCGGCAGCCUGCCCAGGACCCAGCCUGCACGCCACAGCCCCUCGGGAUCAUCCGGGGCACCUACCAGUUUGGGGGACCCUUGUCCAGUUACCUGGAGUUUACAGACAUCCCCGCGCCCUCUAGCAACCGGUUCCACCUCUCGAUGCUAGUGCGUCCCCGCUCGCGAAGCGGACUCCUGGCCCUCGCUGUGCCCCUGACGCCUGGCAGCCCCGCCCUGGCUCUCUCCCUGAGCCACCGGUACUUUGUGGCCCAGACAGAAGGCGGCCCUGGGCCCCAGCUCCGGGUCCAGAGCCGCCGGCGUUGGCAGGCUGACCGGUGGCACGAGGUGUCCGUGCGGUGGGACAGGACCCAGAUCCAGCUGGGCGUGAACGGGGUCUGGGUCCGGAGCCGAGAGGAGCCCGGCAAGCAGCCCCAGGGGGCGGAGGCCCCCCAGCCCCACACCCUCUUUGUGGGGGGUCUUCCUCGCAGCAGCCAGCACAGCCACAAGCUCCCGGUGGGUGCGAGCCGCUCCCGGUUCAGCGGCUGUGUGAAGAGGCUGGUGCUGGGCGGGCAGCUCCUGAGGACCCCCAGCGCGACGGUGGGGGUCACGCCCUGCCUCUCGGAGCCCUGGGAGCCGGGCCUCUUCUUCACCGGCGGCAGGGGAGCCCUCACUCUAGACACCCUGGAGACGGCCCUGCCCAACGUGAGCCUGAAGCUGGAGGUGCGGCCCCAGGCGGCCACGGGCCUCAUCUUCCACCUGGGCCGCCUCUGGACACCCCCCUACCUGCAGGCGCAGGUGCAGGAGAAGCAGGUGCUGCUGUGGGCGGACGACGGAGCGGGCGCCUUCUCCACGGCGGUGACGCUCCCCGGGGCGCUGUGUGACGGGCAGUGGCACCAGCUGGCGGUGACCAAAGGCGGGCGCGCCCUGCGGUUGGAGGUGGACUCCCAGAGCAGCCAGACCCUGGGUCCCGCGCCGGCGGCCUCACACCGCACCCCGGUGCCCCUGCGCCUUGGGGGCCUGCCUGAGCUCAAGGACACCCAGGACGGGCCCCCCACGCCGCCACACCCGUGGCCUCCGGCCUUCCAGGGCUGCAUGAGGAAUCUGACGGUGAACCGGUCCUUCGUCACCUUGCCUCGCUCCGUGGGUGUCCAGGGUGCAGUGGGGGCUGCUGGCUGCCCGGCACAGCUGCCCCUCAGGGACGCCAGCCGGGCGGGCGGGCCUUCAGGGCAUUCACACCGAGCACGCGGGCGGGGCCCUGCCUCUCGGAGAACCCGCACCCCCGAGCAGCCGGCUGCUGACGCCACCCCCAGCCAGUUCCGUAGAUGAAGUGUGUGCGGGUUUCUCUAGACUCUGUGGGUGACCGUGUUCCUGGAAGUGGUUUAAGUUAUGUCUUUUUAAAGAUGGUAAAAUAAAA